ACCGCAACCCCGGCCAUUCCGGUCCUCCGCGCCGGAGAGCCAUGGAAUAGAAUCCCGUCACCGCCUGGACCCCUUAGAAACAACGGAGUUGGAUCUUCGUUUACUUCCUCGCCAUGGCGCUCUCCGUCCUCUUUGCCCUCUCGGCCCUCCUCCUCCUCGGCCUCGACGAGGUCUCUGUUCGCCCUGCCUCCGCCGCCGCCGAUGUCGUCGAGAUUACUUAUGGGUCCGUUAUCAAAUUGAUGCACGAGAAGACGAAGUACCGGUUGCACUCGCACGAUGUGCCAUAUGGAUCAGGGAGCGGGCAGCAGUCGGUCACUGGAUCUCCCGACGUGGACGAUUCCAAUAGUUACUGGAUUGUGAGGCCUCAACCAGAUUCAUCUGCCAGACAAGGUGACAUCAUCGAGACUGGAGCUAUUAUCCGAUUACAACACAUGAAAACUCGUAGAUGGCUUCAUAGCCAUUUGCAUGCUUCUCCAUUAUCUGGUAACCUUGAGGUAAGCUGCUAUGGGGGGGAUGACCGAUCAGAUACUGGUGAUUUUUGGCGUCUUGAGAUCGAGGGCAGUGGGAAAACAUGGAGGAAGGACCAGAGAGUAAGGCUUCGACAUGUUGAUACUGGUGGUUACCUACACAGCCAUGACAAAAAGUACAAUAGGAUAGCAGGAGGGCAGCAAGAGGUAUGUGGUGUUCGGGACAAACGGGCCGAUAACGUCUGGCUGGCAGCAGAGGGUGUGUACCUCCCAGUUAAUGCAAGCAAGUGAUCAACGCAUUCUGUUGAUAGCUGACGAGCCACUGCUGCAAUAAUCUCAUCGAGGUCUCUUUGAUGUCUUGUGUCACAAAUUCUGCUCCGUAACUUACAUCCUUACUUGUUUUUGGCUUAUGAUGAUAUAGUAGUGGAAACUGGCCAUAAGAACAACUUGGCUUAUCCUCCCAUCUUCAUCAGUCUACUGAACUAAUCGUGAUAUAGUCUUUUUGAUA